CCUCCAUAAUCCCUUUACAGUCAGGACCCGCCCACUAACACGAUGAUUGACAGCCGGCUCCUCCAACCAGGCGGCGGCCGACUCGUCUGGCGCCCUUCCUUCUCCUCCACCUCCUCCUUGUCCGACUUUGUUGCUCUCCUGCCCCGCUAGUCCGUCCGGGGGAGCCGAAGAACAACUCGACAAAGUCCCAACUAUGGAAGGCGACAACAUAAUAAUGCCUGUUUGACUCGGGGACAUUUUCCAAGAUGCCAGGCCUUUUGUCCAGUCCUGUGUGUCUGACAGUCAUCUGGUUUUUAUCUUGGUCGCUGGGUCCCAGCCGUGCUCAGAUUCGGACUGAUGAAGUGUCAGGCGUGCAGUACGGGCACUUGGGGUCGAAUGUGACAGUGGCCUGCGGGAAGUCACAAAUCAGGAUACCUGUGGAGUGGCGUCUCAACCAAAGCUCAGUGUUGCCAUGGCACCGAGUAACAUCAGAGGGAACCAUCGUCCUGCUGCGCGUCGACCACUCGGCGCAGGGCAGCUACAGCUGCUAUGACAACCGGGGGCUCCUCCUCCACUCUGUCAGACUCAGGCUGGGCCACCCCCCUGGGCUCCUGAGUGUUUCCUGCCAAGUGCCCAAUCACACACAUGUCCGCUGCUCCUGGGUGGAUUCAGUAAAAACCCUCCUGCCAGCAAAAUACAACGCCUCCUUCAGGGGGACGGGUCAGGAGUGGAAGCCGUGCGUGGUGGAUGUGACCCGCAGGCACUGCGACGUAGACCAGCCCGCUUUCUGGCAGUCCAUCCACACCCUGAGGAUCACAGAGACCAACGCCCUCGGCUCUGAGACAACAUCUUUCCGCAUUAGGUUACAUGAGCUAUUGAAGCCCGACCCUCCAGAGUCCCUGCUGGUGAAGGAGCUAGAAGGCUAUCCAAAGAGACUGGUCGUCUCAUGGAACUUACCUUCAUCCUGGCCAGAUUAUGAUGCUUUCCCCCUCAUGUUCCAGAUCAGAUACAGGCCCCAAGGCUCCAUGUACUGGUCAGAGAUUUACUCCGAGGAGAGUCCAGUCCUCAUCCUGGACGCCCUGGCUGGACACCUCCACCAGGUCCAGAUCCGAGCCCGUGACGAGGUGAACUCUGAGAGCCAGUGGAGUGAAUGGAGCUCCCUGUUUCUAGUCAGGCCUUGGGAAGCCAUCCCUGAAUCUCCAGACGAGCCUCCACCAUUCCCAGAUGACUUUUUCCCCUUCAACACAAAACCUGAAACCUCCACCGCAAAGUCACACAAUUCUGUGCAUCCUGAGGAUGAAGGUAAUUUGGGUUUAGUGAUUCUGCUGGUUUUGUUCUCCGUGGUCAUCCUCACCACCGUCCUUUCCCUCAUCUUUGUCGUGUGGGUGAGACAGAGGCGGCGCGACCAUGUGACCAAACAGGAACUCACCUCUAUGGUCAAGAUGAAGUCCAUGCCAAUCUAAUGUUGAUUUCAAGCAUCUUCUCAGCAUCAGCCCGUUCUAGGGCUCCCCUCAAGAGUCAGCCUCUACCACUGUAGCAAGCCGACCAUCCACAUUUCACUACAUCACCCAGAAUGCAUCAGCCAGGGUCCAAAUGGGACCCAGGACCAGGAUGAACCCAUAUAAGGAGCUUUGUGGAGUAGGGUAACGUUACCCAGUAUAUAAAAGCUGACUGAAGGGGAAGUUCUGCAAGACUUCCCUGGACAAAAACAGUUGGGCAACUACACUACCCAUAAUGCAACAGUGUGUCCAUGGGGACAGCUCUGUUCACUUCAGCAACUUCACUGCAGUUCAGUCCUCAGCGGACUUUAGAGGGACACUGCAUCAGGACAGUUCAUUCACAAUCAAUGCUGCUUCAGGUGGACUGACUCCUCACACUUUUCUUGAGAGGAGCAACAUUUUUUUUUACUUUUAAGCAACAACAAUUGCAGUUAAGACAGGAGAUGCAGCUGCCAAACAGGAGAACAUAGGUUUUUUUUUCUUUAUUUUGUGGGAAGAUUGCUGUCUUCUCCCACCCAGAACUCCUCACAUUUGUUUUGUGUUUUUUUGAGAGUCAUCGCGAGAAGUAACAGAUUAAUGUGUGUCCGUUAUUACAUCGACCGACCGACCGACUCAAUGCUGUGAAGGAAGCAUAACUGCCAGUCUCUGUGUGUGCAUCUGAUGCCAAAGCAGCAACUACGGGCAUUAAUGAUCUCAGCUGAGGGGGCGGGAAGGUUCCUGACCUGAGGGGUGGACACGGAGAACCAGGUCCAGGGUGGGCGGGUUGGGUUGUCUAGACUUUUAUUUCAUUUAUGAUGCAUGAUAUGCUUGUUUUGUUGCCUGGUGUCUUUAGCACAGGUGAUCGUUUGUUUCUUUUUGUUGUACCUCUCUUUAUCCAUCCAUCCACUUUUACUGAAUGUGUGAGAGAGAGAGAGAGGGAGGGAGAGAGAGAGAGAUUAGAAAAGAGAUACCGGCCUUUCACAGACCACCAGCAUUAAGAUAUUACAUAGACACUCAGUAGCGUAACUGUAUCCCAAAUCGGACCCCGUUCGGCUAAGAUUCCAUCAAAAUUUCACAUUAACUUCUAAUAUAAAUGAUCAUGUUUUGUUUCCAAUUAAUUCAAUGGUGUGAAACUAAAGUCUAACUUCUUAUCUGUCUAACCGUGUAUUGUUUUAACCGUGUAGGUUAGCUUCGGAUUUACCAGAGUCAGUGCCGGUGAAUUAGCCGUGUGCUAACUGUAUCCCAAAUCGGACACCGUUCGGCUAAGAUUCUAUCAAAAUUUCACAUAAACUACUAAUAUAAAUGAUCAUGUUUUGUUUCUAAUUAAUUAAAUGGUGUGAAACUAAAGUCUAACUUCUUAUCUUUUGAACCGUAUAUUGUUUUAACCGUAUACGUUAGCCUCGGGUUUACCAGAGUCAGCUAAAGGAUGCUAACGCCGGUGAAUUAGCCGUGUGCUAACUGUAUCCCAAAUCGGACCCGUUCGGCUAAGAUUCUAUCAAAAUUUCACAUUAACUUCUAAUAUAAAUGAUCAUGUUUUGUUUCCAAUUAAUUAAAUGGUGUGAAGCUAAAGUCUAACUUGUUAUCUUUUGAACCGUAUAUUGUUUUAACCGUAUACGUUAGCCUCAGGUUUACCAGAGUCGGCUAAAGGAUGCUAACCCCAGUGAAUUAGCUGUGUGCUAACUGUAUCCCAAAUCGGACACGUUCAGCUAAUAUUCUAUCAAAAUUUCACAUUAACUUCUAAUAUAAAUGAUCAUGUUUUGUUUCCAAUUAAUUUAAUGGUGUUAAACUAAAGUCUAACUUCUUAUCUUUCUAACCAUAUAUUGUUUUAACCAUUUAAGUUAGCCUCGGGUUUACCAGAGUCUGCUUAAGGACGCUAACGCCGGUGAAUUAGCCGUGCGCUAACUGUAUCCCAAAUCGGACACCGUUCGGCUAAGAUUCUAUCAAAAUUUCACAUUAGCUUCUAAAAUAAAUGAUCAUGUUAUGUUUCUCAUGAAGUGGUGUGAAACUAGAGUCUAACUUCUUAUCUUUUGAACCGUAUAUUGUUUUAACCGUUUAAGUUAGCCUCUGGUUUACCAGAGUCGGCUAAAGGUAGCUAACGCCAGUGAAUUAGCCGUGUGCUAACUGUAUCCCAAAUUGGACACCGUUCGGCUAAGAUUCUAUCAAAAUUUUACAUUAAGUACUAUUAUAAAUGAUCAUGUUUUGUUUCCAAUUAAUUAAAUGGUGUGAAACUAAAGUCUAACCUCUUAUCUUUUGAACCGUAUAUUGUUUUAACCGUAUACGUUAGCCUCGGGUUUACCAGAGUCGGCAAAAGGACGCUAACACCAGUGAAAUAGCCGUGUGCUAACUGUAUCCCAAAUUGGACACUGUUUGGCUAAGAUUCUAUCAAAAUUUUUACAUUAACUACUAAUAUAAAUGAUCAUGUAAUGCUUCCAAUUAAUUAAAUUGGUGUGAAACUAAAGUCUAACCUCUUAUAUUUCGCACCGUAUAUUGUUUUAACCGUAUACGUUAGCCUCGGGUUUACCAGAGUCGCUAAAGGACGCUAACGCCGGUAAAUUAGCCGUGAGCUAACUGUAUCCCAAAUCGGACAUUUGGAUCUUCUCGCUGUAAAACAUUGUGGGCUGCUGAUUAUUUCGGGGGAAAUUGGAUGUUUCUGGGUAAGCCAAAUAAAUAUCACCGUUAUCAACCAUCGCUAUCAACACACCUGGACCUUUACAAUAAAAUACAGUACAGUAAAAAUACAUAUGUACUUUUAAGAUCGUCGCCCCAGCGUCUUUACUGUUUUCUCUCAUCAGAUUUACUUCGGUAUUGUAAUUAGACAUGUAAAUCUCCAUGUAGAUAAAUGAAAUUUCACACGUAGAUUGUUAAAUAUAUAUAAAUCAAUUAGGUGGUGGCGAUCUUAUUCGAAAUGACAGUGAAAACAGAUGUGUCCGAUUUGGGAAACAGUCUCUUCAGACAUUCAGCUGUUCAAUUUCCUUCCUAAAAUCCACUCAUGCAACUAACUUUGAAGAGUGACUUAACUCCAGACUGAAAAGCAGGUUUUUGCUGCGCUUUAUUGCUUAAUCCCUGUUUCACACUCAGCACCUUUAACGGGUGUGGUGUGAUGUGGUCAACAGUGAGCUUGCUGUACCUGUUAACACACCCAACAGUGAUGUCACAGUGUCCCAGUGUACCUUUUACAUCACUGCAGAAACUCUGUCUGCCCCCUCUGGUAGAGAGAGUCAUUACAAAAGCAAUGUUCAUUUAUUAGUAAAGUCAAGCUGCACUCAAGCUUUAAACCACUGGAGGUCAGCAAAACAGGAUUUUCAGGAGGGGUUGAGUUAUUCUUUAAAAUCAGGAUGGCAAAUCUUUCCAUCUGAGCAGCAAAUAUUUGGCACUUAAAUGACAAUCGAGCAUUACUGAUCACUAUAGUUAGUUACUAUAACCUCUUUUUUAGUUGAUAAGACUUCACAGUGUUGAUGUAAGUUGUUGGUUCUUCUCUGGUGAGACUUUAUUACCUGCAGAUUAGAGGGAUACAGUAACAAGGCAUUAAUUUAACUAGACACAAAAGCUUAUUAAAGUUCUACUGUACCAGGGGUCGGCAACCUGAGGCUCUGGAAACAAAAUUAUACGAAAUGAAACAGUUAUUUCUUUAAGAUGUACGAUUUAUUGAUCUCCCAUGGGGGGAAUUCAGGUGUUGCAGCAGCACAAGUACAGAGUAAAACAGAUAAGAUAAUAAAAAUGGAAUAGCAUAAAGAUUUUAAAAAACAAUUAAAAAGUAUAAAAUAAAAAUACAAACAAACAACCACGACCAAACUAAAAAAAACUAGUAGUGCAAGCAUGUUAAAGUGGCAGUGAAAAGGAGAACAUAUGUGCAAUGAGUUGUGCAUUUCAGUCCAGUGCAGGUUUUUAAAAAAUGUUAUACAAUACAAUAUAAUAAAACUUUAUUAUCCACCAUGGUGGAAAUUUGCCUUCAGCUCACCAUAAAGAUACAGAAUUUUAUUAAAAACAUACAGCAGUUGAGAAUGCAGUUAAAACAAAGAAGAAGAAAAGAAAAAGACAACAUAGAAUAAGACAAGAAAAAGACAAUUAUAUACAUUUUAAUGUUCAUUUAUCAUUGGUGUAGGCCCAAAGCAAUAUGCAAAAAUGUGUCACUUAUAUAUGACAUUAAAAAAUGUUUAAACAUUUUAUUCAACAAGUCUAUGGCCCAGCGCCUUAAACUCUAAAUUUUGCCAAUUUCAAGUGUAGUUUUUUGCAUUGCUGCAUUCUGACAAAAUGCUCAUCACUAUUAGUAAUGUUAGUAGGCUAAUUUAGACUUAAUAGGCUGUUUUAUUUUCAUUUUAAGGCUGAAAAUAAGGUUUUUGCGCCUCCAUUAUGACAUUUUUUCUCUUAUUUUGGCUCUUUCAUUAGUAAAGGUUGCCCACCCCUAUACUAUACUUAUAAAAUCAAAGAAGAAAAAAAAAGAGUUUGUAGAUAAAAAGGUAGAAAUGCAACAUAACAAGCCAGGUCAAAUAUGUGAUGGUAAAAAAAGAAAGAAAAGAUUAAGCACUUUGUUUUCCAUCAGAGUAAUUUGAGAAAUUACCUACAAGUCCUUGGGAAACUGCUCCUCAGAACAAGUCUCAGACAUGUUGAAGGUGUAAAUGGGAAUGAAAAUGGAAACAGAAAGUGCAGAAAGAUUGUUUUGUGCAGCUCGCAGCUAACUUUGACAUUUGUUCUUUUCACAUGGUUGAGUGGGCUCUUGAGCUACCAGAAUGAAAUGUUCUUCACCAGAACACUGAAAAGAAAAUCUCCGUGACUGACAAAUCAGCAGAUACAAUUUUUUUUUACCAGUCAGAACUUCACCAGCUGCUCAGUUUUUCAGUGGAAGCUGGGUUUGUGUAGCUGAAUCACAGCGUUUUGGUUGGUGGGUGUAAACACGAGAAGAAGCACCAACACUAUUAUCUGACAAGAGCGACUCGCUCACUGGACUCGUGUCUCACGUCCCACCGACUCUAUGUGGUAAUCUCUGGGCGGCCAUACUUGCCCCAAAUACCUCUAGUACAGUACAGUGUAUCUGGUUUAAUUUUGCUUUUCUUCUACAAACCUUGUGUCCAGUCUGCAACAGAUAGAAAUCAGAGGCUCUACAGGUGCAUCUCAAUACGUUAGAAUAUCAUAGAAAAGUUCAUUUAUGGCAGUAAUUCAGUUCAAAAAGUGGAAAUAAGGCAUUUCAUGUCUUAAUGUAUUUCAUUUCGUCC